GACGGCCGCAGCGCGGGAAAACUGUGGGACGGGCACCGGGGACAGUCGGGCAGAUAGCUGACUGCUGACGGCGGCGGAGAUGGACGCCUCUGAGGUGGAGUUCCUGGCGGAGAAGGAGCUGGUGACCGUCAUUCCCAACUUCAGCCUUGACAAAGUCUAUCUCAUAGGGGGUGAUUUAGGUCCGUUCAACCCUGGUUUACCUGUCCAGGUUCCUCUCUGGUUGGCCAUCAAUCUUAAACAGAGGCAGAAAUGUCGUAUUGUUCCUCCAGAGUGGAUGGAUGUUGAAAAACUGGAGGAAAUCAGAGACAAUGAACGGCGAGAGGACACGUUUACCCCAAUGCCAAAUCCCCAUUACAUGGAACUUACCAAGCUAUUGUUGAACCACGCCUCAGACAACAUCCCAAAGGCUGAUGAGAUCAGGACGCUUGUUAAAGACACCUGGGACACUCGGAUAGCUAAACUCCGGCUGUCUGCGGACAGCUUUGUUCGGGAGCAGGAAGCUCACGCUAAGCUGGAUAACUUAACGCUGAUGGAAAUUAACACCAUUGGAACUUUUUUCACCGAGUCCUUAAACCACAUGUACAAACUACGCACCAGCCUGCAGUACCCGGAGGACGGGCAGUCCCAAGAAUACUAGCUUGCCCACUGUGUCAGUGUAAUUAAAAAGGGGAAUGUGAUUUAGCUGCUCACUGAGGUCACUGCGGGAUACUCUGCUAUUCUCUUGCCAAACUUCAGUUCCCUGGCAUGUAGAAAUAUCAUCUGUGUUGGAUGGCCUGUAAGCCGACGAGAGGGAGACGUCGUUUUAAUCUGCCAUGCUGUUGCUGGAAAUUGGAGAAGGCGCAAGAUCUCCGGUGCUCCGCUGUUAUAGCCUCAGGUGAGAACAUACAAAAGUGCUCGUCCAGCAGUGUGCCUUGGUGCCCAGGGUUUUUGCUUGUAAAUAGAUCUUGUUGCCAAUCAGAUAAUACGGCUGCAUUAUUAGAGGACUGUACGGUAUAAAAGCACGGCAGCUUUGUGUCCGAGCUCAGGACAAGCCGGCUUCUUGAACAAUGAAAAUUGUUUUUACUGCAACUGGUGAAGCUAAGCCCACACAACCUCUGCAAACGCCUUAAUGUUAAGGUGUACCAUUACUGAAACUUCCAGGAAGACGACAGUCACUGUAUGAAAUAAACAUGUUUAUUAUA